AUGGACCGCGUUCUGUUAAGCCAAAAACGUUUCUCGAAUUCUAAACAUCUUUAUUUUUCACCUCGUUUCUCUCCUCCAACAGAAUUGCACGAAGAAUAUUAUCAAAAAAUUAAUUUUAAAUAUUCGUCCUCUUCGUCUUCCAGUGUGAUAACAAACCAGAGUACUUCUCCGUCAUUUCAUUAUCAAAAUUCCCAAACUUCUGACAAUGCGUUAUCAAUCAUCAAGUCUCCUUCUUCUCCUUAUACGGCCGACUAUCAUUUCUUCACAAAAAUAUCUGACAUUUCACGUCGAAAUUUAAAAAAUAUUAAACUAUUCAGAAAAUCCCUCAAGAACAAAUUACGUAAAGAUAUUAGCAAUUACAAAUCCAAACUUGAAUCUCUAUCUAAUGAACGUGAUAAAAUUAGUAAUUGUUAUGUGGCAAUAGCUUCAUUGGAGCGCAUGGUCAAAACUGAAACUCCAAGUAGUGGUUUCCGAGAAGGUAUUUACGGAAUGUUGAAAGCUUUAUCCGCUGAUCAUGAUGAUAAUACGAAUUUAACAAAUCAAAUCAUAUCAACUAUGUGGGAAAUUAUAAUAAAAAUCUGGCAAGAUAAAAGAUUAGGUAGAUGUGCCAUAUGUAAGCAUGGUGUUGUCAUGGGGUCCUCAAUUGAUAACGCGAAUGAUUUGUGGUUAUGUACUAACAGGAGUUGUAUAAGCAAUAAAAUUGGGGUUAUUUCAACUUCUUUUCUUUUGAAGGGUAGCGCCUAG